AACUGGAUGUCGGCGAUGACCCCGAAGGCGACGCGCGGCGCCGCCUCCAUGGCGGCCGCGGGCGGGGCGGAAGGGGCGCUCGUGUCGUGGCGGUCCUUGGCGGCCACCGCCGUGCUGGGCGGGGGGCUGCUGGUCGGCAUGAAGGCGGUGAAGCGGCGCAAGGAGGAGGAGCUGGAGAAGGAACGUAACCGAGGCAUUGGGAAGCCGCUGCUGGGAGGGCCCUUCUCGCUCGUGAGCCAUGAGGGACAGCCCAGGACCAGUGAGGACUACAUGGGCCAGUGGGUGCUGAUCUACUUUGGCUUCACUCACUGCCCUGAUGUGUGUCCCGAUGAACUGGAGAAAAUGAUUGCAGUGGUAGAUGAAAUUGAACAAAUUCCAUCUUUGCCUAAUCUGACCCCGCUCUUCAUCACCAUCGAUCCUGAGAGGGACAACCAAGAAGCCAUUGCCAAAUAUGUUAAAGAAUUUUCUCCAAAGCUGGUCGGGUUGACUGGUACCAGGGCACAGAUUGACCAAGUGGCUAAAGCUUAUCGUGUGUACUACAGCGAGGGCCCCAAGGAUGAGGACAAUGACUACAUAGUGGAUCACACAAUAAUAAUGUACCUCCUGGGGCCUGAUGGUGACUUUGUGGACUAUUAUGGCCAGAAUAAGAGGAGCACCGAGAUUUCCGCUUCUAUUGCUGCACACAUGAGAAAAUACAGAUCCUAAAACACAAGGUCUUCAAUGAUUGCUGUGAACAUCACCUGUGGGUUUGGCUGUGGUUGGACACUGGAGUUAAACCAGAAGCACACAAGUGUAACAUCCUGUCACAACACACCUCCUUUCUUCCAAACGAGAGGCAAUCCUGUUUCUGCAAAUUGCCAUUACCAAAGAGCUCUGCAGAGCCUUCCCUGUGGAUAUUAUUUGCAGCACGAUCUAGGCUACCAAGUGAAAUUGGGGACUUC